CGGGGGCCCGCGAUGCUCAGGCCUCCGACCGCUCCCCGCCAUGCUUGCACUCUGACGUCAUCUCCCCGAGCCGCGGCACAAUGUGCGCAGCUCCCAUUGGUCGAGGCAGCCGUCCGUCCGCGCCACCUUCUUCACUCCAUUGGCCGGGACCUUUUGUUACCCCGCCCUCACAGGGAGCGCUCCCAUUGGCCGCGCCGUGCCGGCACCCCCGGAAGUGGGGUCGAGGUGAGCGGUACCGGCCGCCGGUGCGGACCGCCCCGAGGCCGCAGGCCGCGCCCGGCAGACAUGGCGCCGGCUCCCGCUCCCGCCGCUCGGGGCUGGCCCCGCGCCCUCCUGGGCCGCGUCCUGCCCGCCCGGCCCUACGGCCGCAGCGCCGCCGGCGGGGGCCCGGCCCGGGCCGCGGGGCUGUACGAGCUGCUGGGCGUGUCGGCCAGCGCCACGCAGGCGCAGAUCAAGGCGGCCUAUUACGAGCAGAGCUUCCGCUGCCACCCGGACCGCAACGCGGGCAGCGAGGAGGCGGCCGCGCGCUUCACCGCGCUGCACCAGGCCUACGCCGUGCUGGGCAGCGCCGCCCUGCGCCGCAAGUACGACCGGGGCGUGCUGAGCCGCCAGGAGCUGAGCUCGGCCGGGAGGCCCUCGGCCCGCGCGCCCGGCCAGCGCAGCGCGGCCGCCCGCCGCCCCCCCGCCGCGCCCGUCUUCGACUUCGACGCCUUCUACCGCGCCCACUACGGCGAGCAGCUGGAGCGGCAGCAGCUGUUCCGCGAGCGGCGCCAGCAGCGCAAGCGGCAGCAGGAGGAGGCGGCCAGGAGGUGGCAGGGGGACCGGCUGAUGGAGUUCUCGGUCUCCGUGUUCCUGUUCUCCGCCCUGCUGCUGCUGUUCGGCAUGAGGUGAAGCCCCGGAGCUCCCCGACCUGCCGGAAAGCGGCCUGGCUAAAUGCGCCGCACCCCCGGACUUGGCCCAAGGGUUUGGUUGUGCCGACGGACAGGCCCACACGGGGAGGGGAGCUGCGGAGAUCUCUACGAUUCGGUCGUUAACGAGCCUCGUGCUUUUGCAAGGACGCCUUAGGGGAGCUGAAAUGCCAUUAAAAUAUCUUCACAAAUC